ACAAACCUAGGAGUAUUAGAGGAGGUUAUUCCACCAUGCCGCCCUGUCACCUCCUUGUUGCGGAAUCACUUCUUGGAUGCUCAAGAAAAGUCAGCUAGCGAGACUAAUUCGAUCAAGAGAUGGAGAUGGGAUCAUUAGUGCCUUCAAUAAUGGUCUUGUGUGGGAAAUCUGAUGCGGAGAAUGAACUGGCCAAAUCACUGAAGAAGAAAAAAUCUUUGAAGCUCCCGGGAGACGGUGAUCUCAAAGUUGUUCUGCGUUCGGAGGUAGACAAUGGAUCCCAAAAUGAGGCAUUGUCUUGACCAUUACUUUAACUCUCUCUCCACAGCAACUGGACUCGGGAGAUUCGUCAUUUACUCUCCCAGACUGUCAUCCACACAUGAUUUCAUUUCAAGCAAUUUCUGUGAGCUGCCACUCGGUGCAGUGUGUGUUGCUGAUGUGCAAUCCAAGGGGCGAGGGCGUUCAAUGAAUGUGUGGGAAUCCCCAAAGGGUUCCCUUCUUUUUUCGUUCACCUUACAAAUGGUAGAUGGACGAAUGGUGCCACAUGUGCAGUAUGUAGUCAGUCUUGCUAUGGCAGAUGCCAUUAAUGAUCUCUGGAAGCAAUAUGGCACCUCACGUCUUGUUGUAAGAAUAAAGUGGCCAAAUGAUCUUUAUUUAGAUGGCCUUAAGAUUGGUGGCAUUUUGUGCACUUCUACAUACAAGUCCCAGACGUUUAAUAACCUAAAACUCACACUUAAGAUAACCACUCUUAAGAUAUAGAAUUAGGAAUUUGGCUAAAAUAGCAUCACACUAUUUUAUAAAUACUCAAAGAGUAAAAGGAGUUUUAAUAUUCAAAGAUGAUCAUUACAAGGGCCAAAUGGCCGAAAUAUAUAAGGAGGGGAGAGGAGGGAAAACACACAAUAUAAUGAAUGCAAAUACAAGGAACCUUCCUACAUCCCUUUAUCAUUCACUAGCUUCCAAUCUUGAGUUGAUAAGGGCUGAUUUUGUUUGACUUUGUCUUGGCUUUGGAGCUGGCUUUGUCUGUCCUGUUGUGGAGGCAAAAAUCACAAAGAAUGAAUGAAAUCCUUUGAUGAUUGUGGUGGAUAUUCUGGCUAAAAAGAGGGGACAAACAAAGAUGGGUGAUGGAUGGUGUAUUGGCCUUAUAUUCUUGGUCAUAUGAGGUGACUGAUUUAGUAGGUGGUGUAUCAACAACAACUCAAAUGUCCCUUGGCUUUUUGUGGUUGUUUAUUCAGCCCUAGUAGGGAACAUAAAGGGGACAAGAAUGGGGAAUAUCUUGGUUGAUGUUGUGUUGGGAUAAUGAGGGAUAUUUGGCCUGGGAUUUAUAGAAAAGGAUAGAAGGUUUUAUUUGUUUAUUAAAAGGUUUAAAAGAAAGAAAAUAACAACAAACAAAGGUUGUGGUUUACACACUCUUAUUUUCGGCCAGGGCCUAAAAUAGGAGUAGGAAAACUUUAUUUUGAAAAGGAAAUAUUUUGGAUGUUUAGGGAAGGUAUGGAGAGUGUGGGCUCAGCCUAGGGUGGGUGUAGGACAACCAUGGUGUUGGGUUGGGUUCUAAGACAGGAAAAUGGAGAAGUUUCAACCCAAUUAAUGUCACCACACUUGGGCUUUAUUCCCCUGAUCUGUCUUUCCCUUGGCGGGCUACGGAGAGUCUUCGGGCAUGCUCCCGGAUAUAUAUCAACUCUGCACAAGAUUAAUUUAUUCUCUUUAUUCAAAAUAUACUAAAUUACAAGGAAUAGGCAUAAAUGUCGAUAAUGAGAAACCCACUACAUGCUUGAAUGCCGUUCUACAGAAAUCAACAUCUGCCCCAAAUUUAUUAAAAAGAGAAGACAUUCUUGCAGCAUUUUUCAAUAAAUUUGAGACUUUAAAUGAGGUUUUCCUAAAACAAGGUCAGAUAUUCUUCAUUUCUUCCUUUAAACGAGGUUUUCCAAAAAAAUUUGCUUGCUUCUU